UACACCACAAGCAUGCCCACCAUACAAACAUACCAUCGUGUGGAUUCAAGUGGCGUCAGUUGACUCUCGUAAUCACAAUGUACACAAUUCUCAUAAAUUUAGUUACACGCGUUGGUGCAAGUGCGGAUAGAUGUGGGAUUAUCUAGGAUAAACGAGCAGACGACCGCGUGUUACUUCCUUGCAUUUAACAAGACAAAUAACUGCAUUACAACUGCAGUUUCAGUGUUCCAAUUUCGUGGUUCCGGUAACUUUCCUUUACACGCAUAAGAAAUGCCUUAAAUUAGGAAUUAAUUAUGAUAACACCACUGAUAACAGCCGUUGUUUAAAGUACCAGCUUAGAAAUGGUGUUUUAUUUAAAAUAAUUACAUCAUGAACUGAAAAAUAAUCCAAUUGGAUUUUCUGAGAAACCCUUAUCACAAAAGUCAUCACAAGUACAAAAACUGAACCAAAAUGAAGAUGCAACUAAACAAGCUGUUUCCCACCAGAUCAACAUUGAUUGUGUUCUUCUUAUAUAUUAUUUUAUUUUCCAUUCAUGCUAUUUUAGUCACCUCCACUCAGACAUCUAGCAAUAAAUAUGAGUACAACGUGGUUACAGUUGUAUUACUUACGGAAUUUUUGAAAUUGAUUAUUUCUACUGCACUCUAUUGCAAGGAUGAAUCACCGAUCACAUUAUACAAAGACACGAUCAAGCACCGCAACGUGCUUGCCUUGUACUUAAUCCCCGCUUUCUUGUACUGCCUGUACAACAAUUUAUCGUUCGAAAACCUGCGCUCCUUUGACCCCACUACGUACAACCUCCUGCUGCAGUUCCGUAUCUUUAUGACUGCGAUACUUUUCCAACUUAUUUAAAAGCACCUCAGCGGAAAACAAUGGCUGUCCCUCGUCGUACUUACCGCUGGAUGCAUGCUGAAACAAGUCUCUUUCGGCGACGACACUUUGAAUAACAAAUCCUCAUCGGGAAAAAUGUAUGGUUUGGACUUAUUCAGUAUCAGCACCGUAUUUCUACUCGUGCAAAUGGGCUGUUCAUGCUUAGCAGGCGUCUAUAAUGAGUAUUUGUUGAAGAAUGACGGCGCAUCCAUUAAUAUGUUUGUGCAGAAUGUCUUUAUGUAUUUAGACUCAAUAGUUUGCAAUUUGAUAAUGCUACUUAUAAACGGUACUAUCUGGGAUGCAUUUACAAGUGAAAGUUUAUCAGUGAUAUUUCAGUAUAAAGUUUUGCUUAUGAUGCUUAAUAAUGCCACAGUCGGAAUUAUAACAAGUUUCUUUUUGAAACAAUUGAAUAGUAUUGUUAAGACGUUCGCGAGCGCGCUGGAGCUAGUACUCACAGCCGUGUUGUCUUAUUUUAUUUUCGAUAUUCCUAUUUACUUGAAUACGGUAUUAUCGAUUGUGACGGUGAUGUUGGCGAUGUAUUUGUACACGCAAAAUCCGGUGAAAGGGCAGGAAGUUAUUGUAGGCAAACGGGAUUAUCGUGGCGAGGAGGAUGAAGUAUUGUUGAUGGACGAAGUUAUCGCCAAAAAAUGAUAAAUGUAUUCGUACGUUUGUGAUAUGAACUUAAACCAGUAUAAUUUAUGUUAAUAAAUAUUAAUAUAUGCAGUAUGUAAUAAAA